UCAAAACACAACUCCAAAUCAAAUUCUCAAGCCAUCCUCUCGCUUGACUCUCCAUUCCCAUCUGAAACAGCCUCCGAUUAGCAGACAUCGGCCAUGGCAGCCCCUCCUCUCCCCCAUCCCCACCCUCGCCUUUUCCCCACCCCAAAUUCCGGUCUCCUAAUGUCCGAUGGAGUAAUGGAUAACUCAGUUUUCCACCAAAGGGACACAUAUGAUUUGAACAGCAAGAUCAUGCUCACUGCAAUUGUAUCAUUAUCAUUUGUUGUAGUUCUAGUUGUAAUCCUCCAUCUUUACGCAAGAUGUAUUCUCAGACGCCAAGCUCGUCAAAGGGCUAUGAUUCGCAGCCUGGGAUUCACAACCACCGAUGCCCAUAACCACCCCGGUGAGCCACCCAAGAUCGGUCUUGAUCCCGCCGUCAUUGCUUCACUUCCCAUAUUUGUCUAUAAGCAGACUGCCAUUGGCGAAAACGAUGACUCAUCAUCAGUAGAAUGUGCUGUCUGUUUAAGCGUUCUUGAGGAUCAAGAAAAGGCGAGGCUUUUACCUAAUUGCAACCAUACUUUCCAUGCAGAGUGUAUAGAUAAAUGGUUGAGUUCACAUUCUACUUGCCCCAUCUGCCGCUCGGAGGCUGAGCCAAGGAUUCAGCCGGUGGCCCGUGAGGGUCCGGUUGGCGGUGCAGCAGCAGCUCCGCCGUUGGAGGAUGUGAAUUCUACAUUAACUGUGUGCGUAGAGGGGACGUCAGAUGGCGUCAAUCAAGUUUCUAGCAAUAAGGCAGCUGCCGGGGGCUCAAUUUCUCGGUUGAGCUCUUUUCGAAGGAUACUUAGCCGGGAAAGAUCAUCAAGAAGGCUUCAAUCCGAGGCUCAAGAAGAAGGCUUCCAAGAUCUAGAGAGACAGUAAUUUUUGGUAUUAUAGCAUAUCCACUAAUUACACUAUUUUUUUUUUCAGUUUAUUACAGGAUUUUAUGUAAUUAAACAUUUAUAGAUUAUCAGGCUUCACAUGAUAAGGUAUGAUGUCAUUGACAAAUAAUUCAUACA